ACAAGUUGUGCUUUAAAAUAGUACAAGUCAACAACGGUGCAUCCCAUUAAUCUACAGAGAAGUUCGAGGAACUUCAGGGUUACUCCAUUUUCCACAGACACGCGUCACCUUUUGGUGCAUCCCAUUAAAAUCACUUCUUUCUACGAACGAAUCCAGCUACACUCUAGAAACGCGCUUUCACCAAGACAUUAAUUAACUGCGGUUUAAAAUAAACACGGUUUUGGCCGCAUAAGGUCUUUCCGUUGCAAAAAGUGUUAUGAUCUAAUGAGCCAAACAAACAGAACCUUCUCCCAAUGCCUAUAAAUAUAACAUCAUUCCUCUUCCACUCCCAUCACCAAAUCAAUACCACACAACCAAACUUUACAUAAAAACAUGCAAUCAACAUGUUUGAUCAAUUCCUCACGAAUCUUCUUCCAUCCGUUUUCAUCUUCAAAGUCAUGUUGUAGCGGUGGCAGGAAAAGUUGCUGUUUAUCUCCGAUUAAGGCUUCGAUGAGAGGUUCAGCAGAUCAGAAUUUCAGUGGAAGGUUGGUGGAUGAGGGCAUGAUAACACUGAGGAAGAGGAUCCAUGAGAUGAACAUGAUAGAGAGGAACUACGAGCCACCUGCAGAUUGGAUGGAUUGGGAGAAACGCUGUUAUACAAAGUAUGACUCCAUGAUUUGUGAAGCACUGGGAGUUUUGCAGACGCAGUUGAUGAAUACAAGGCCUAGUUUGGCUCUUGGAGCCAUGGCUUUGGUUGCAAUCAGUGUUCCAACUUCUUCUGCUGUGGCUUUCUUUCAUUUGGUUGAGUUCGCUAAGGCUGUUCUUGCUGGAGUUCAUCCCUCCUAGACCACAACAUUUUUCAUUACGAUUUACAUCUGUUGAAUAGUGGUUUGAUAUUUGGAAAAACCAUUCAAUUCAUCUCAAUUAUAAAUAAUAGAUUUUCAUUUUACCUAUA